AUGCCCCCGCGCGGAAACCCGGACAGAGGCCGUGGAGGCCCUCGUGGCGGCGGCGGCGGCGGAUCCCGGGGUGGCUCGCGCGGCGGCACGGGCUCGCGUGGAGGUGCGCCCUCGACCCGAGGUGGUAGCGUCGCCGGCGGGCCUCCUGGACCUGCGAUCCGUGCUGCACCGGCCUCCGUCGCAGGCGGUCUGCCCGAAGGCCACAUCACCACCGUCGGCGUCAAGAGGCCUUCGUUUGGUAACAGCGGCCGUCUGACCAGGUCGGUGAGUCGCCUUGGCGUCUGCGUGACUGUCGCCCAUGCUCAUCUCGCGUGUCCAGUGAUCACGCCUGCCUCGCGCCCACUCCCCGCGCGGCUGAACAUGGAAAUCAUCAGACGCCUGCAGACGGUCGUCGCACCGCAGGUUUUUACCCCUCGAGCGGUGUACGAUGGCCGGGCGAACAUGUACUGUACACGGGAGCUGCCGUUCGGGCCAUCCGGUUCCCACAAGGCAAGCUCACUGCGUUCCGCUCAGCCUGCUGCUACGGAGGGCAGACCUCGCGGGCCGAAGACGUACACUGUCAAACUCACCCAUGCUGCGACUAUCAACCCCGAAGUGCUCUCGCGCUUCCUCAAAGGGAAGCAGUCCCAGGACAACGCCAUCCUCACCGCAAUUCAGGCCCUGAACGUCGCCGUGCGCAUGGAGCCGUACAGCAGAUACCCGUUCAACACCCGGUCCUUCUUCACAAGCCAAGGUUCCCGCGACAUCGGUAGCGGCAUGCACCUCUGGCGCGGAUACUUCCAGUCGGUGCGCCCCUCGUUCGGCCGGAUGCUUAUCAACGUCGACAUUUCCGCGGCGGUCAUGUACGCUCCCGGGCCUGUGAUCCAAGUCGCAUUCCAAGUGCUCGAGAUGCCCCCUAACACGAACCCUGAGGCACUCGCGCCCGCGAAGGGCUUCCCAGAGCGCGCACGGGGCAAGCUCGAGCGGUUCCUCCGCGGGUUGCGCGUCCACGUCCAGAUCCCGGGACAGCCGCCAAUCGGGAACCGUCCCGCUCGAACCGUGCAGGGUCUCUCCACCGUCGGCGCGGACUCAUACCGAUUCGACCUCGAGACGGGCGAGAAGAUCUCGGUCGCGCAGCACUUCCAGCGCACGCACAACUACAAGCUCCGUCACCCGGGCGUUGUUUGUGUUCAGAUUGGGAAGGGGAUGUUCCCGCUGGAGGUCUGCGUCAUCCCCGAAGGCCAGCUCAUGCGCAAGCAACUCCCUCCGGAGAAGACGGACGCGAUGGUCCAGUUCUCCACGCAGAAGCCGCACGACCGUCUGGGCAGCAUCGUGCAAGCGCUCGGGGUGCUCGCAUAUGGCCAGUCCGAGUAUGUCCGGCAAUUCGGGAUGCAACUCGCCAAGAACGACCCGCUCGCGAUCGACGCGCGCAUCAUCGACACGCCCACUCUUAAGUACGGCCCCGGCAGCCGGCAGCCGACUGUACGCCCCCGAGACGGCGCGUGGAACAUGAUCGACAAGAAAUUCUGGAAGUCGGCGCUCAUCAAGCGGUGGGUGGUUGUAGUCUACGAGCGCGAGCAACGGUACAACAGGAACACGGCGGGCGAGAUGGUGCAGGGCUUGCUCUUCGCGCUGAACGCGGCUGGCGUCGUGGUGCAAGAGCCCGAUCCUGUGAUCCGAUAUCAAACGAUCCAGCAGGGCAGGGUUGCGGAUCACCUUAAAGAGGCCGGCCGCCAGUGUCUGCUCAAGAACAAGAACGCCGGGGGGCCCGAUCUCAUCGUUGUCGUGCUCCCCAUGGCCUCCGUGGACAUCUACACCGCCGUUAAACACUUCGGUGAUUGUUCGCAAGGGGUCGCGACGCAGUGCAUGCAGGCGUCCAAGUGCUCGCGCGCCAAGCCGCAGUACUACGCCAAUGUCGCGCUCAAGAUCAACGUCAAGCUCGGGGGGAUAAACACCGUCCCGGACUCACGCUCCGUGCCCGUCCUGACGGACCCGCACAACCCGACUAUCGUCAUGGGCGCGGACGUCAUCCACCCCGCCCCGGGAACGCAGGGACGCCCGUCCUUCACGUCGCUCGUCGGCAACGUCGACUCGGACACGGCCAAGUACGUCGCGGAGCUGCAGGUGCAGGCGGGCCGACAGGAGAUGAUCGAGGGCCUGGAGGAGAUGGCGGGGAAGAUCAUCAAGAUGUACCAGAGCUACCGGUCGCAGGCGGAGGGGAAGAGGGGCGUAGCGCCGACGCGAAUCAUCUUCUACCGCGACGGUGUCUCGGAGGGCGAGUUCCAGCAGGUGCUGGAUUACGAGCUGCCACAGCUGAAGAGGGCGUGCGAGGCCGCCGGCGUGCAGCCCAAAAUCACCGUCAUCGUCGUCGGGAAGCGCCACCAUGUACGCUUCUUCCCGGGCGGCGGCGAUUCCGACCGCAGCGGUAACUGCCUGCCCGGACUCGUAGGCACGUCUCGUCCUGCGCACUACUCCGUCCUCUACGACGAGAACAAGUUCACCCCGGACAGCAUCCAGGCGCUCUCCUUCGCGCUCUGCCACGUCUACGCGCGUUCCACGCGCUCGGUCUCCAUCCCCGCGCCCGUGUAUUACGCGGACAUCGUGUGUUCGCGCGCGAAGUACCACUACGACCCGGACGGCUCGCAGCACCUGUCGAUGGAGGAGUCGGGGACGCACAUGGGCUCGGCGGAGGCGAACACGCAGCUGGAGGCGUUCCGCGCCGGGUUCAGGCCGCUCAACGAGAAGAUCCGCAAGCUCAUGUACUUUUCUUAA